AUGCAAGGAAUUACCUUUGCUGCUUUCCUCCUGGCAGCCGCCAUGCCCGUGAUCGUGAAGGUAUUUCUCCGAGCCGGCAAUAGCAAGUCCCUUAUCUCCUCGCUGCCAUCCUCCAUCCAUCGCUGCAUCCGCUUCGUUCAGCUCCUUGCCGGUGGUGAGCAGCAGCAGCGUGGCGGCAUCUACCCGUCCUCCCCGUUGCUCGGAUGCAGCGGUGGCGAUGGUGAGGCGCCGCAACGGGUGCAGCAGCGAGGCCGCCCUGUUCGGGCCGUUAGCUACAGCAACGAUGAGUACGCGAGGACACUUAACGCUGACCAUGACAUAUCUCCACCAACCAGCCUGGAUGAUCUCCUGCUCCGGAACAUCAGGGGUAGCAGCAGACCUGCCAGCCGCAGUGGCAGUCGGCCCCCGAGUCGCAGCAACAGCAGGCCCCCGAGCCGGAGUAACAGUAGGCCUCCUAGCCGCAACGGCAGCAGACCCCCCAGCCUCGGCAGCAUGUCACCGCUGUACGCUACGUCGACGCUCCCCGCGAAACCGACCCGUCGCCCCUUUCUUCGCAAGUCGAGCUACGACUCUACCCACAGCACGUACUCCGUCUCCUCACCAUCCGCAGUGACCAGUAGUACAAGCGCAGUAUUUGAAAGCUUCGCCAUUGGUCUCGGUGGUGCUUGCGACUAUGCCCCUCCCUCGGCCAGCGACUACUCCCCGCGAGGCCGUGGCCGCACUCAAUCGUGGAACGUGACUAUGGACGCUUUUUCUAACAGCAACAGCAGCAGCACAUCCCCGAACAGCCUGACCAUUCUUGAGGUGAGGGAUGGUAUCGUCUGCCAGCGGGAGGUUGAAGGCGAGACGGGCUCCGAAGGCGACAUGGGCGCUGGUGGGGGCGCGGGCCUAGGCGAGACAGCGGACCUCGUAGACCUAGCGGCGGCGUGGGCGUCCUCGCGCGGCGUCGACACCAACGUCGGACUCGAACACUUUGAGGCUCGGUCCAUGCUGGGUCGCGCCAUCCGCAAGUUCAAAGCCAAAUCACGGCGGCUGAAGCAGAUGGGCGCGCGCGAGCAAGUGGUGCGCGAGGCCCGCGAGAACUGGGCUCGGCGCUCGCUCGAGUUCGAUGGCGAUGAGUGGGCCGCAACCGUUGCUGCUGCUGCUGCUGCAGCUGCCGACGCCGCCGUCGUAACCACCAACACAAUCAGCCCGAGGAGCUCCAUCUCGUCUGAGACGGCUCCGCCUACGACUGUCUACCACGCCAGUGUCCCCGACGCCGCCGACCCGACCGUCCUCGAGGCGGUGGUUGAGGUUCCCCACCUCGAGAAGACACCGAUUUUGCGCCCGGCCGAGUCCAUGGACAGCCUUGCCCGCGACAUCGCUGCCAUCUCCGCCGAGAGCGAGCUCCCCCACUCCCCGGUCGAAUCGCUGGCGGCUUCUACGGUCAGGCCCGUCUCCCGUGGUAAGGCAGCUGGCAAGAGCGCAGCGGUUGGGAGGCGCCUGAGCAUCUCGAUCCGCGCCUUCAAGAAACGAAGCAGCAGUGCGCCUGAGAACCGCAAGAGGGCCGGUUCGGGCGGCAGUGAUUUGACUACUAUCAGCAGACGGCGGACCAUGAUGUCCUGGGGCAGGGCCAAGUAA